AUGUCCAAAAUCCGUUUUUUGAAUUCAUCUUUUUCUUUUCACGACAUCAAUAUGUUCAAGCCCAGGCUUAGACUAGGACAUUUGUCCACUAUCCGAACUACUCCCAUCAGACGCUUUGCGACAGAGGCGCGGUUAACUUCGGACCAUGUCCGCAUUGUCGAAGUAGGACCUCGCGAUGGGCUUCAAAACGAGAAAAAGUCCAUAUCGCUGGAGACAAAACUAGAGCUUAUCUCAAAGCUUGCGAGAACCGGCGUAACAACAAUUGAGGCAGGCUCUUUCGUGCCUGCGAAAUGGGUGCCCCAGAUGGCUAGUACUGCAGAAAUAUGCGAGCAGCUGUUACAAAACCCACCGCAAUCACAAAACGCCAUUGCCUACAAUUACCUUGUUCCAAAUGUCAAGGGAUUGGAGGGCCUGAUCAAGGUCAUGGACUCAACCGGGGUCUCCGCGAGCACAGAAGGAACCAAGACCAAACCCCCAACGACCACAGAGGUUUCUUUAUUUGCCGCAGCUACGGAAGCCUUCUCCAAGGCCAACACCAAUUGCUCUAUUGAGGAGUCGCUGAAUCGCAUUCGCCCUAUCGUAGAAUUGGCCAAGACAAAAGACAUCCGGGUUCGAGGAUACGUUUCUGUUGCACUGGGAUGCCCCUACGAGGGCCCAGAAGUUUCGCCAGCAAAGGUAGCAGAUAUCACCGCGACCUUGCUCGAAAUGGGAGCAGAUGAAGUGUCGGUAGCCGACACCACCGGAAUGGGGACCGCACCCCGCACGAUGGAGCUUCUCCAAGCUCUGAAGGCAGCAGGUAUUGCCAACACCGAUCUGGCUCUCCACUUCCACGAUACAUAUGGUCAGGCAUUGGUGAACACCAUUGUAGGUUUAGAACACGGGGUUCGGAUUUUUGAUAGUAGUGUCGGUGGGCUUGGCGGCUGCCCCUACUCCAAGGGAGCGACAGGCAAUGUUUCAACCGAGGACCUUGUUCAUACCGUCCAUGGUCUCGGAAUGCAUACCGGUAUUGACCUGGAGGAGAUGUCAAGAAUUGGUGCAUGGAUUAGUGAUGAGCUAGGCCGGUCUAAUGAAAGUAGGGCAGGAAAGGCGACAGUGGCAAGACUUCAAGGCUAA